AUGACUGCCAAAAAGUUCAAAUGCGCUGUGAUUCAAUUGCAUCCAAAGCCUAUGCAAAUGGAGGCGAAUUUCCAACGCGCUAAAACCUUCAUACAGCAAGCUGCAACAGAAGGGGCAGAGCUAGCCGUACUUCCAGAAUAUUGUUUAACAAGCUGGGUACCGAAGGAGCCGCACUUUGCAGAUGCUGCUGAUGACAGGACAUAUUUGGCCAAAUUCUGCGAAUUGGCAAAAGAAUGCAAUAUCAAUAUUGUUCCCGGAACCUUUGUGGAAAAGCACGUCUCCCCAGACGAAGAGAACGGCAAGGAAAUGCUCUACAACGUUGCCUAUUUCAUAUCGAAUACAGGCGAUGUACUGGGCUCUUAUACAAAAAAGAACUUGUGGCAUACGGAAAGAGGUCUUCUUGAGGCCGCUGGACAUAAUCCUCAUUCCGUCAUAGAUACCCCGCUAGGAAAGGUGGGACUUCUGAUAUGCUGGGACCUUGCAUUCCCCGAGGCAUUCAGAGCCCUUAUAACCCAAGGCGCUAAUAUCAUCAUCAUUCCAACAUUUUGGACACUGAAAGAUCUUGAUGUGGCCACCUUCAGUCGGUAUCCCGACUCAGAAGCCAUAUUCUUACAAUCCAUAGUAGUUUCAAGAGCUUAUGAGAAUGUUGCUGCUAUCAUCUUCUCCAAUGCUGGUGGCCACGAGGGGAGUGGAUUCGCUGGGCUAUCGCAAAUCACCAUGCCGUUGGUGGGACCUAUAGCUAAGGCUAACGGGACUGAUGAGCAGAUGGUGAUUGGGGAAAUUGACCUUCAGCUUUUGGAGGACGCAGAGGACAGUUAUAAAAUCAGAGCUGACCUCGCCCAGCCUGAUUAUCACUAUGCCGUAACGUCAAAGAUUUAA